UGCUGACGUGGAGACGCCCACCUUGUCAUCUUAAACCUCCUUCUCCAUUUCACACCCUUCCAUAUCAUCUCCCUCUCUCUCUCAAUAUUCUCUCUGAUCAGCAAAAAGUAGAAAAAAAGACUCACAAAUUCUCGGAUUUUUCUUAUCCGAGAAGCAAAAAUGGCAGAGGUCGAAAUUAGAGACCCAACAAUAAAGUUGUUUGGGAAGACGAUUGCUUUGCCACUCGACCAUUUGGCUUCUGAUUGCAAACUUGUUUCUUCACUGCAUAAACAUGCCCAAAAGGAAACUUCAAGCGAAGAAUUGGCAUCAGAAAAACAGGGAAACGGAAGUUCAAACCAGACGACAGAACAAACAACAUCCGGGGUCAGCGAGAACCCAUCGGUGGAGAGGGAAAAUUCAUCUCCAAAAGCCUCCAAAAGCGAAGAACAGAGCGAGACAAGCAUCUCUCCAGACAAGACAUCGAAAAAACCAGACAAGAUUCUGCCUUGCCCUCGAUGUAACAGCAUGGACACAAAAUUCUGUUACUUCAACAACUAUAAUGUCAAUCAACCUCGCCAUUUUUGCAAGAAUUGCCAAAGAUACUGGACCGCCGGCGGCACCAUGAGGAAUGUUCCGGUAGGUGCCGGCCGACGAAAGAACAAAACCUCCCCUUCCUCACAUUUCCGUCAAUUCAUAAUUCCCGACGCCGGAAUUCACCACCCCCAUCAGAUUCAAUUUCUAGGAAACAACGGCGCCUUCCUCAAUUUUGGCUCAGAUUCUUCCGUUUCUGAUAACUGUAAUCCAAAUGGGUUUCUCAUUGGUGGAGAAAAUGGAGAUGACCAUUCCAGUAAAUCCUCAAUUACAGCUUCCAAUUCGUCGGAGAAAGGAGGUAAAAUGAAAAUAACUUCACAGCCACCGGUGGUAAAAAAUAUUUUACCUUUUCCUCCCCAAUUACCGUCCAUUACAGGGCUUCCAUGGCCCUACCCUUCAGCGGGUCCGCCGCCGUUCUGCCCCACGGGGUUUCCGGUCUCGUAUUACUCAGCGCCGCCGUACUGGGGCUGCACAGUACCACCGUCUUGGACUCUACUCAACCACAACGGUCAAAAUUCGUUUACCAAUUCCUCUGUUUUGGGGAAACGUUCGAGAGAUGGGACAAUCAUUAGCAACAAUGCAGAAGAGGUGGUGAAACAGAGGAAUUCUGAAGAACAAUGUCACUGGAUUCCAAAGACAUUGGAAGUGGAUGAUCCAAAUGAAGCAGCAAAAAGCUCCAUAUGGUCAAAAUCAGCAGCAGCAAGUUUCAUCAAUGGCGGUGGCCUUUUUGCCGCUUUCCAACAAGCGGCAAAGGGAAAAGAAGAAAAUCACAUCGAAAGUUGCUCACUUUUGCAGGCUAAUCCAGCAGCCUUUUCUCGGGCUCUGAAAUUCCGUGAGAUUGCUUAGUUUUAGAGCAAAAAAAACUUCUGAUUGUUCUGUUGUUAAUUAACCUCUUAAUCCACUGCCAAAAGUAGAGGGGAAAUUAUUGUUAUUUCCAACAGAGAGGCAGUUUAAUGAAGACAAAACUGAACCAGACAUGCAACAUGAGGACACUCCCACCUGAGUGGAACACACAUGUUUGUAGGCUGUGGCAUUUGUUUUUGUCGAGCUUUCCUGUACAUUAUUAUCACAAGUGAGCUACUUCUUCUGCCCUGUGGGAUGCUACAUUCUUGGCCACAACAAAACUUUUAUAUAUAAUUAUAUGUAUACUCCAUUAGCUUACUUCUAAAAAUGUUGCAGAUAUUUGGAAAUGGAUUCAAUCAAUUUCCUAGCUUGGUUUUCCUCAUUUUCUUUACCUCUUUUUGCUACUACAAUGAUCCUUUUAAUAUAAUUAGGUAAGUAUUUGAAUCUAAAA